AUGGGGUUUCGGACUGUGAACAAAAGAUCUCAAAAGCAAGGCAUGAAGUGAGAUAAACAAAUGUCAAUGUACUUCACCAUAACCUUGCUAAAAAUAGCAAAAAAAUUCAUAAAACAAUAUACCUUGCCUUUCUCUUUAACCUAAAGCCCUCCAUUUCGUGAUUGCCGAGCGUCCAUCAUCGGGUAGUUUCUCAGAGAUAAACAGUGUCUCUCUUUCUCUCUCUUACACGCAGAAAUCUAAAGGCUUUAUUUUUGGUUUUUCAGCCAAUUGAGCUAAUGAUGGCAGCAGCUACGACUCCUAGUGUUCUUGAGAAAAACGAGGCCUUUGUCACUGGGGAAGGGGACAACACCCAUCGACCAUCGGGUCGAUCCGGGUUGACCCGUGACAUUGUCGCUUCUGUUCCAAGCUUUGGUGUUAACAGGAAGAAAAGGAUGGCUAGACAGAGGAGAUCAUCUUCCACCAUCAAACUUCUACCUUUUACUAACUCCUCCUCUGGUAGCUGCUCGCACGUGCCUCCCCCCACUCCCCCCACACGUGUUAUUGAUCCUAAGAGAUUGAGAUUCCUUUUCCAGAAGGAACUUAAGAACAGCGACGUAAGCUCCCUCAGAAGAAUGAUACUUCCCAAGCGAGCGGCUGAGGCUCACUUACCUGUCCUUGAGUCCAAGGAAGGGAUUCUUAUCAGCAUGGACGACCUAGAUGGUCUGCAUGUUUGGAGCUUCAAGUAUAGGUUUUGGCCUAACAACAACAGCCGCAUGUAUGUGCUUGAAAAUACUGGGGAAUUUGUUAGCACACACGGAUUACAACUCGGGGAUUUCAUCAUGGUGUUUCAAGAUAGUCAAAAUCAUAACUACGUGAUCCAGGCGAAGAAGGCAUCGGACGAAGAUGUAUAUAGUGACAUAGCUAGAAAUGGGGUGAAUGACCCGUUCCUCCAUGAUUAUGAGGUGGGUAAAUCAAGUUGCUAUUAUUAUCCUACGAUGGAGGAUAGUGGGAUGUCAUUUAUCUAUGACACCACCUUGACCUUCUCAAAUGACUGCCCACUCGAUUUUCUCGGUGGAUCCAUGACCAACUAUUCAAGGAUGGGACCUCUGGAAAGCUUAGGCUCCGUUGAAAACUUGUCCCUUGAUGAGUUUUAUCAACUUUAAUCACCAUGGAUACCGUUAUAAUAUUUUGUUAAGCAAAACCCAGUCAUCAUGAAAUCUCAAAGGACGGGGCCAACUUUGUCACUUAUUUUGGUGUU